GUAUAUUCUUGUGUAUAAUGGUACAUAAGAAACGUCCAAAGUCGGUACGGAAUGCACGAAAUGCAGCGCUUGCAUUGGAGGAAAAACGUUACACCAAAACCCCACAUACCAUGGUUUUCUCACGUCCUGGUGUUGGGAGUUUAGUGAAACAAUUAUCUCUCGAUGUUAGAGAGAUUUUCGAACCCUUUACAGCUAGCCGUUUACGUGUGACCCGUCAGAAUGUACUGAAAGAUUUCAUUACUAUCGCUGGUCCACUGAACGUAACACAUUUGUUAUAUUUCACACACCCUAAUGAUGAGAAACGUGAACAGAAACGUGCCCGUCGUUUAGCUAAAGCUUCUGCAAAACGGUUAGAAAAUGACAGUUCUUCAAUUGAACAAAGUUCGUAGUUUCCCAUUUUGUUUGAUAAUUUAUUUCAUUGAAAUUGCUUUUUCGUUUAUCGAAUGUUCAUGCUACGUUAGUGUUGAUGUAUGUUAUUUUAUUCUAGCUUGCUGGGUUAAUUGAUUUACAUUUCAAAGCUUAUCUAUUCAUGUAGACUCCAUAGUUGAUUUCGGUAAGGUAUAUAAGUUCCGUUAUUCGACUAUCAGCCAAUGAUUGAAUUUUCGAAGUCGUGAUUUCAAAGAGACAGGCCGUUUUCACAGACACUAUAAUGUAUCUCCUCAUUUCUAAUGAGAAUCCAAGUUCUAAAUCUAUCGCAGUGCUUAACUACACAAUCGAGAUACAUGCGUAACUGAGAUCUACAAACAAUGAUUUUUAUAAAGAACGGUUUUGUUAUUUAGGAAUAUAUUUAGAAAUUGACUACAAAUCUCAUCCUUUAGCAAAUAACGCAUGUGUAUAUCUGGUAAGAGAAAGGUUUCCUGUAAUGAUAACACAUAAGUAGGUACAACACAUGAUAGCGGAAAUGAUUGCUGAUGGCUUCUUCUAAUGUUAACAACCAUUUAUCAACAAUCAAAAUGGGGACUGAAAGUACACAAAUAUGAGAGCUGUUUCAUCUAAGCGAAUAUUCAGCAAAUAUACAGAACUGGAAUUAACUGUUACAAAAAUUGGGAUGUAAUUACACAAAACGAUAUAUUGAAUGUUUGUAGUUCAUGUAAAUACUGUAGUAUAUUACGCUAUGAAACUGGUUACUGAACAUUAACAAGUAGUAUAAAGCAAUACACAAAAAAUGAGUUGAAUCGGACGAGAUGCCUAACAGAAAAUGUAAUUAGGUUUCACAUGUCUAACUUAAGAUCUCUUUAAACAUCAGCGUUAUGCACUUAACUUGUUAUGAUAAAACUGACAGUUCCGAUGGUAACUUAUAUAAUGCAGAUAAUUCGCCGUAUAUUUACAUGUAUCGAUCUGGGCUAUUUUCGCGAAUUAGCACGAAAUAUGAAUAUCAGUAAAUAGGUUCGUGUUCAUCAGAGGUUAUGUAGUCCUCAGAUUUUUAUUUUAUUGCCCGGUGUGUUGUAGACUGUGUACUAACGCAAAAGUGGUAUUUACAUUGGAUUUCUUUAAGCAUUACAGUUUCCAGAGCAAUUUAAGUGAUGAACCAUAAGUGUAAUUUCCCUUCUUAUUCAGUUGAUUUAUCGUUAUGACCUCUAUUUCUGUGACCUUAAUGUAUUAUACUGCCACUUUUUUUCAAUCAAUCAGAUACCACUGAAAUUCAAGGAGUAACCAAUAAAAGUUGUAGUAACCACGGUGGUGUUUAUCUACACAUGAUUCGUGUUCCGCAUGGACCUAGUCUUACUUUUCGUGUUGCUGAAUAUAGCUUGAAACGUGAUAUACAAACUUUGGUUCGGCGAGUUUUCGAUAGUCGUCAGUAUAGUUCACCGCCUUUGUUAGUAAUGACUGGAUUUGGUAUGGGCGGUACGAGCGCGAAUACAUCCGCUCCAUUGCCACAUCUACGAUUAGUCGUAGAUAUGUUUCAAAAUUUACUGCCUCCAUUAAAUGUUCCGAAGCUUAAACUAAGUACAGUAAAACGAGUUUUACUUGUUAGUCGAGAAGUUGACACUGCAUACAUCAAUACUACUACUAAUGACAAUAGUAGUAGUGGUUGUACUGGUGACGACACAAAACAGCACCAACCACAGCAAGUGAAUGAUGUAAUUUACAUUCGACACUUUCAUAUUCGUACUGAAAAUCGUUGUAUAAGCCGUGCACUACGACGUCUUGGUGUUGGCGGUGCAAAAUUGAAACGUCGAUGUGUUGAUAACUCUGACUUGAAAUGUGGAAUUGGUCCAAGUGGUUCAGGAAAAACAACAGGUGUACCGAAUUUAGCGAAAUAUUCAUCUAUGGACGAUUUUUUAACUAAAACAGGACUUUUAUCCGAUUCAGCAUUAUCAGAUAUUUUAUCAGAUAUGGAAGAAGUUGAUCUAGUUUCAGAUGUUCACUUGUCAAGUUCUGGAUUCGCUAACGCAGAUGCUAUACAAUCACGUAAACGUAAACCUGGUCAUGGCACUAGUUCAAUACAUGGAUUAAAACAUUUAGGCUCAGCUAAAAAAGCUACAAUUCGACUUACUGAAAUUGGACCAAGAAUUACUUUAAAUCUAAUUAAAAUAGAAGAAGGUGUAAACACUGGUACAGUUUUAUAUCAUCGUUGGCAAACACGUACAUUAUCUGAAUUAGCUCAUCAAUCAGAAUGUUUAAGACAACGUGAACUAAUUCGUGCAAAACGUCGUGCUGAACAUGAAGCUCGACGUUUAGCGAAUGAAGCUGAACGUGAAACACAUCGUGCUAUUUGUCUUGAAGGUAUGAAACGUGCUGGUCAAUUGUCAACACAGGAUGAAAUUAAUACUGAUGAAAAACCAAUAAAUUCUAAAAUGGUUAAGUUUCAAUUAGAUGAAAGAACUGAAAAGGAACGUAAAAAGAAAUUAGAAGUCAAUGAAAAAUCUAACAAAUCCGUUGUCAAAAAAGCAUUCAAAAGUAAUCUCAUUGUUAGGAAAAAGAAGAAAUAAUAUCAGCAAUUAUUUGAUUCAAAUAUUAUUUCUGUACAAAUCCAUGAUAGAAUGGUGUAUUUGUGUGUUUUUUUAUUUUGUAAAUAUCUGUAAAUCAUAUUUAUUAAAUAGAAAUGUUUG